CGGCGAGGCGGAGCCAUAGCGGGAGCGGAAAGGAGGGAACCCCGGGGAAGGUUGAGCAUCCCUAAUCCGAAAACCUGAAAUCUGAAAAGCUCCAAAUGUGCAACUUUUUGAGCACCAACCUGAUGCCACAAGUGGAAAAUUCCACAUCUGACCUCAUGUGACAGGUUGCAGUCAAAAUUCAAGUGUACAAUGCACAGUUUAUUCAGGAUGCACAAGGGGGAGAAUGAUCCUCCCAGCCCUGUCAGCUGUGAUAAGUCUUUUUCACACAUACAGAUUUCCCCACAAAAGUACAUCCACAGAGGGUUAUAAAAUGGCAUGUGUGCCAGCCAGGUGCACCAACAGUGGGCUCCCAUGAGGUCGAGACCUACAUGAAUUAUUCACUGUAUGUUUUUUUGCUUAUUGUCUGCUCUGUUGUGUAAAGAUAUUGUUGAAAAUGUCAAAAAGGCCCGCAGAUAUUCCUAUGACUACUAGUAAUAAGAAAAAGAGGAAGCAUUUAUGUUUAUCUAUAGCACAGAAAGUCAAGCUGUUGGAGAAACUGGACAAGGGUGUAAGUGUGAAACGUUUGACAGAAGAAUAUGGUGUUGGAAUGACUACCAUAUAUGAUCUGAAGAAACAGAAGGAUAAGCUGUUGAAGUUCUAUGCUGAAAGUGAUGAACCAAAGUUAAUGAAAACUAGAAAAACACUGCAUAAAGCUAAAAAUGAAGAUCUAGAUCGUGUAUUGAAAGAGUGGAUUCGUCAGCGUCGCAGUGAACACAUGCCUCUUAAUGGCAUGCUGAUCAUGAAACAAGCAAAAAUUUAUCACGAUGAACUGAAAAUUGAAGGGAACUGUGAAUAUUCAACAGGCUGGUUGCAGAAAUUUAAGAAAAGACAUGGCAUUAAAUUUUUAAAGCUUUGUCGUGAUAAAGCAUCCAGUGACCACAAAACAGAGAAAUUAAUUGAAGAAGUGGACGUGGAAGAAGAUUUUAACAUCAAUAGUAAGGCUCCAGCUGUUCAUUCAUUGGCUGAUGGUGAAAUGGCCAAAAUGAUUCUGAAUCAGUGUGACCGUGAUAACAGUGAUGAUGGAGAUGAUGUUGGUAACACUGCAGAAAAAGUACCUCUAGACGACAUGGUGAAAAUGUGUGAUGGGCUUAUUGAAGGACUAGAGCAGCGUGCAUUCAUAACAGAACAAGAGAUCAUGUCAGUUUAUAAAAUCAAAGAGAGGCUUUUAAGACAAAAGCUAUUGUUAAUGAGGCAGAUGACUCUAGAGGGAACAUUAAAAAAAGUCAUUCAGCAGAAUACCUCUUCAUCCCUGGAGGACCCGAGUCCUGGUACCUCAACUGCUUCUGAUGUUUCUUCUCAUCUAAAAACAAUAAAGCAGAAUGUACAGUAACCUUUCAGUCAAACAUAUGUAGAGACUCCCAGAUGACUCUUCUUUGUUAUUACUAUUAUUUGGCAGCUGAUGUAGAUUUUUUUGGUGAUGCUAAUGUGCUACUUGGUUACCUUGGACAUAUUUUUCACAGUAUUAAUGAGAUGUCAUAUUUUUUAUUGUUAAGUGCUUAUAUGAGAAUAAAUGUAAGAAUAUGAUUGCUUAUUGGUAGUAUAUAAAGUCAAGAAUGAUAGUGACAGCAAGAAACCAAAGAUUAUCCACAUGAGUAGCUGAGGUAGUGAAACCUUUGCUUUCUGAUGGUUUAAUGUAAAAUUAUUAAAAAUAAAGUUACCUCUAGGCUAUGUAUAUAAGGUAUAUAUAAAAUAUAAAGGAAUUUCAUAUUUAAACUUGAGUCUAAUCUCCAAGAUAAAUUGCAUUUUGUAUAAGCAAAUACAACAAAAUCCAAAACACUUAUGGUCCAAAGCAUUUCAUAUAAGGGUUACUCAAGGCCUGCAGUGAAAUUUCUGUUGAUUAUCUCUGUCUCUUUCUGUCUCUGUGUGUCUCUUCAUGUCCCUACUUACCCUCUUACCCUGGUGUAUAUAUGUAAUUUUGGAUAUCAGGUGUGGAAUAAAUCCUCAAUUUCUGGCAAAUGGUUGCACACACAAAAUGUACAUGAUAAACUAUUCUGGCAGCUGUUCUGUGUUCUACAGUAUGCAUUCUCUGCACCCAUCUGCCCUGUUGCCUUGUUUUUCUUCCCCAUGAACAAUUAAUCCAUUUUCUAUAGAGUAACUUUUAAUUACAUGUAGCUGCUUACUGUUAAUAAAAGGACAAUACUAUUUGUGUCAGCUUCAGUUAGAAUGACGUUUGCAUU